AUGGCGGACAGAUACUCCUUCUCCCUUACCACUUUCUCGCCCAGCGGCAAGCUGGUCCAGAUCGAAUAUGCCCUUAAUGCUGUCAACCAGGGUGUAACAGCUCUCGGCAUCAAGGCCACCAACGGUAUCGUCCUCGCCACCGAAAAGAAGUCCUCCUCCCCCCUCGCCGACCCCUCCUCCCUCUCCAAGAUCAGCCUCAUCACGCCCAACAUCGGCAUGGUCUACAGCGGCAUGGGCCCCGACUACCGCGUGCUGGUCGACCGCGCGCGCAAGGUUUCGCACACGGGCUACAAGCGCAUCUACAACGAGUACCCGCCGACGCGGAUAUUGGUGCAGGACGUUGCGCGCGUCAUGCAGGAGGCCACGCAGUCGGGCGGUGUCCGGCCCUAUGGUGUCUCUUUGUUGAUCGCCGGCUGGGACGAGGGUAUUUUGCCUGAGGACGAGCUGGAGGAGCAGAAGAGCAAGGACGAGAUUGUGGGUGACGAUGGCGAGACCAAGAAGAAGGCGACGGGCAAGACGGGCGGCAUCCUCAAGGGCGGCCCCAUGCUGUACCAGGUCGACCCCUCAGGAUCUUACUUCCCGUGGAAGGCGACGGCCAUUGGCAAGAACGCUACGACUGCUAAGACCUUUUUGGAGAAGAGGUAUACCGAGGGCUUGGAGCUCGAGGAUGCGGUGCACAUUGCGCUGUUGACGCUGAAGGAGACGAUUGAGGGAGAGAUGAACGGAGACACCAUUGAGAUUGGCAUCGUCGGACCACCGGCGGACCACCUCCUUGGCGUCGAGGGUGUCGAGGGAGCAAAGGGCCCCCGCUUCAGGAAACUCUCUCCCCAGGAGAUUGAGGAUUACCUGACGAACCUAUGA